AUAAGUUCGAUUCAAUAUGGCGGUUUGGUCUUUUUGAGAGGCGGUUGUGUUUUGUCAUGUUUACAUUAAUGAUUAUUUUUAGUGAGUUUUUCUUAUGUGAUUAUUAAUAUGAUAUCGUCGAUCAUUUCCCGACUGGUAAUAUUAGUAUUUGGGACUCUCUACCCGGCGUAUGCCUCAUACAAAGCUGUACGGACGAAGAACUUGAAAGAAUACGUAAAAUGGAUGAUGUACUGGAUCGUGUUCGCCCUAUUCACGUGUACGGAGACAUUCACAGACGUGUUUCUGUCUUGGUUCCCUUUCUAUUACGAAGUGAAAAUAGUACUUGUGCUAUGGCUUCUGUCGCCAGCCACCAAAGGCUCUUCGAUUCUCUACAGGAAGUUUGUACACCCAGCGCUAUGCAGGCGAGAACAGGAGAUCGAUGAGUACAUAGCAAAGGCCAAAGACCAGGGUUACCAUACGGUGCUCAAUUUGGGCACAAAAGGAGUCAACUAUGCCACAACUGUUAUUAUGCAAACUGCUAUCAAAGGCGGCGGUGGACUGGUGCAGCAGCUGCGCAAGAGCUACAGUCUGUCGGACCUGAGCGAGUGUGAGCCGCGCGAGGAGCGCGCCGCGGACGAGGCGGACGACGUGCUCGCCGAGCCGAGGCUCAUCCGGCGUUCUGUUAAGAGCGGAUAUGCGACUCGGCGGAGCGCGUCCGAGUCGAACAGUCGUACACCGAUGUACUUCCCGGAGGUAGACGUGGACGUCCGUCCCGCACGAGGACGCAUGGAUGAACCAGAUUUCAGCCACAUAAAGUCGACGGAGGACAUCAGCUCGGGCUACUCGAGCGCGGAGAACUCGUCGUCGCUGACGCGCACGUCGUCCGUGGGCGGCGCGGGGCGGCGCGCGCGCGCCUCGCGCACGGCUGUCACCGCCAUCAAGCGCCCGCCCGCCGCUGAGGAUAAUCAAGUUAUCAUCGAGGAGCUCCAAGACGACGAUAGUAUAGAUUAUGCAAAUAUGCCCCCCCUCGUAAAUUUUUCGUCUCCCCUUUUCUUAUCCCACACCGAUCCCCCGUUUAUUUACCAAUAUGUCGAAGACCAGGUUAAAAUAAUACAAGUAUUAGGUAAUUAUCCAUUGAGCAAUAACUCUAAAAACCACAAUGAUAAUUCAGAUAAACGGGACCAAAAAGAUGCCACUGUGGAGAUUCAAACGUCGUCAAUAAACAAAUGUCCAGUAAAUGAAGACAUUGAUAGAUCUAAACAAAUGGAAGCAGAUGUAAAAAAAGACUCGAACACAGACAUUCCUAUCGAUAUUGACGGUAAACAUAGUAAUAGUCAUGAUACAAAAGAAAUUGAUGUUAACGAGUUAUGUAAUGAUCUAAAUGAAAUUUGUAAAUCAGAAAAGAAUUUUAUGCAUGUUAAUGACAGUACUUGCUCAUCAGUAGACAAUGUCUCGGAGGAAUUAAAUGAUUCAAGUUUCUUCGAUACAUUAACAAAUGACGCCGAUACGUUAGAAAGUGACGAUGAAGCAUCGUUCGAAACACCCGUAUCGACGCCUAAAAGUAGCAGAAAAAUAAAAGGCAAAUACGGAAAAAGCAAAGCUCCACUUCCACCAAAAACAAAUGACAUUGAUGGAGAAGAAUUAAACUGCAGAACUGUUACCUGUGUUCCAAUUAAUGAGGAUAAUGUAAUUAAUAUUAAUCCAAAUAUGCUAGUCAAAGAAAAUGAGAGCUUAGAAUCUAUAAAUACUCAAAUUUCAAUAGCAACGGAAGUAGUGGAUGAUAUUUUAAAAAAAUCACAAGAAUUUAAUUUGCAACUUAAUGAGAGUUCGAUUGUAAAUUCUGAGUCUGAGAAAGAUAGAAGUCGCAAAUCUAUCUCUCCGACAAAAGUUUCCAAAGGAAGCUCAGCUUUUGGAAAACUAUUUCAAAUACCAAGUAAAUUAGUGUUUUGGCAUAAGACUGACGAUAAAUCGAUAACUGAUACAAAUCUAUCAGAUGACAGCAGGAAAUCGUCUAUAGAACAUACCAACGAUGAAUUCCAAAGUUGUGCUGAUUUAAAUAUACCUAGCGAUAAAAGUGAAAUCCCUCGUAUUAAAAUUACUGAACCAUCCUUCGAAGGCGACGUGAGUGAUGAAAAAGGUUCAAAUGAUAUUUUAGAAAAGAGCGACGCUCUACAAAAAGUUAUUGAUGCAAAGUUAGAAAAUCAUCCCGAGUACAAAUUAGUUUCCUUACAUGAAGAGAUACCGACCACAUCAAAAAGCACAGAUGUGUAAUUGUCGAUCCUAUAUCCGAAUCCAUUUCUGAUACUGAGGCACAGCAUCGAACAGCAAUGCUGUCGUCCUCUGCUACAAUACCUCGCGCAAAAAAGUCUAAUAAAAGGAAAACUCAAUAGAUCAAUUUGUAUCCAUAUAGGCAUUAUUAUAAAACCGUGCAAUUAAUAAUUUAUGAAUUACAGUCCGCGGUUGCUAUUAUAAAAUAAAAUAAAAA